AUGCUGCGAGGAGUUCGGUUCCUCCGUUCGUCAGAGGAUAGAUGCUACUGGAUCUUUUUUCCGCGUUUCUGGUCCUUCGCGACUCUUUCUCCGCAAAAAUCAGCAAGUCCGGACUAUUCGGCACGCCACAUCCCUACCAAUCUAGAGCAACACCCAAGGAAUUUCGGUAUCUUCCAGUAUAAGGACAAGCACCAGAAGGAGGUUUUCGAGUUCACCUCCACCUACAACGUCAUCGCGACCCCCAAGCAGGUCGUAAAUUAUAUCAGCGUUGCCACCGGCGGUCUUAAGGGUGCCAUUGGCUACUACAGCUACGGCAUCAACUCCAAGGAUAAUGUUAUUUGCUACGACAUUACCCUGAAAGGCUUCAAGGGCGAGCAAGUGCUAGCAUAUGAAUAUAGACUUGCGUUCCCGAACCCGAUGGAUGAUGGGCCUGUUCGCAACAGUGUGGGUUGCUUGAAGGGCCCGUUCAAGACUGGCGUUCUGGUUGUGGGUGUUGACACCGCGGAUGGGUUCCACAUCAAGCAGAUCGAGGAAAAUGCAGAGGCUUUCUUCACUGAUAUGCAUUCCAGCUUAGCCGUGCCAGGUACCGUCCGUGGACAGCUAUCUCGUUAA